AUGGGAGGAGCAACAACGGAAUUGAAAGUUCGCCGAGAUGAUCUUGGAGAAACGCAGACAAGAAAGAUCAUCGUGUCAACACAUAUCAGAUGGGAAGAAUUAGAAGAAAAGCUUCGUAGCCGAUUCGAUAUAGGUAAAACAGAUAAGAUGGUUUUGAGCUAUAUCGAUGAGGAGGAAGAAACAAUCACGGUCUCGUCGGAUGAGGAAGUUGCUGACGCAUUAAGAAAUAAAUCUCAAUUGUGCUUCAACUUGAUGACCAAGAAAACGAACAAAGGAUAUAAUUAUUCAGAG